UCCACUGCUCCUGUCCUAAGGAAUGUGGAAGUCCGUACCUGAUGUCUGGAAUGGGGCCCUUCAUCUCCCACCCCAGUCUCCAGGGCAGCUUGGGCACACUCAAGAGCUGGAGAUGCGAGCAGCUGCCGGUGGGCUCCGCAAGGAUCCUCCCGGAAGCGUGAGGACCUCGCUGCCUGCACGCCCCGCCCUUUCCUCCUUCAGCAUCCUGGGGUCUGAGGUGGGCGUGGCCAGAGCGUCUUUGGUUCCCAGGGGUGUCUCGCCGUUGGACACUCGUAAAAGCCUGGGGCGCAACGGCUAGUUGGGAGCUGUCAACUUCGGGUGCGGCGGACCAAACGGGCGAUGGGCCGCUUGGGCCGGCUGCUGCUGUGGUUUGGAGCCGCGGAUAAGUGCCGUCUGGCAAUCAGGAAACGGCCCAGCCAGAGGCAUCUUCCUAAGCUUGGGGAUGGCGGUCGCGACAGGCCAUGUGUCAGUGGCUCCUCCAGAGGCCUGGAACACUCGUAGCCGAAGUUCUCCAGUCCGUACUUCUGGAGUGCGGGCGGAAAGCGCGAAUCCGAGAACCCGCAUCGCGAGCUUGAGAAGUGGGGUCUCAGCACUGCCUGGGGGCGCCGUUCUCUGCACCAGCUCAGAGUCCCAGGUGCCUUUUCCAUUAUCCUCGCCUCUGCCAACCCCCGGCUCCCGGGACCCCAAAGUCACCGCCCUCCCUUUAAAUCCCUCAGGCACCGAGGGAUCUUGGCAGUUCUCCACCUGUCGGGCCAGUGGCCGGCGCGGGCCCACAUAAGCACCAUGUAAGGGGGCGUACGCGGGGAGCGGCGUGGUGGAGACUGUGGGGACCGCCGGGCCGUUGAGAGGCGUGCAGCUGUGGCAGGUGCCAGGCCCGGGCCAGUACCUGUAAAUCUCAGCCUACGGAGCUGCGGGCGGCAAAGGCGCCAAAAACCACCUGUUGAGGGCGCAUGGCGUUUUCGUCUCGGCGAUCUUCUCCCUUGGUGGUGGGGAGCCGCUUUACAUCCUCGUAGGGCAGCAGGGAGAGGACGCCUGUCCUGGAGGUAGCCCGGAGAGCCAACUCGUCUGCCUCAGAGAGUCUCCAGCCGCUGACUAGCACGCGGCGAUGGAUGGGACCCAAUCGGUCUCGAAGUCGCGGCGAUGGGCUGGAAGUGGCGGGGGUGGUGGAGCCGCCACCUACGUCUUGCGGCUGCGCGCUGGCGAGCUGGAGCCACUGCUGGUGGCAGCCGGAGGCGGCGGUUGAGCCUACCUGAGGCAGCAGAGCCGAGGCUGGGCUCAGGCCGUCCCUGAGAAACUGGAGAACCGCUCAGCGGCGCCCGGGAGCGACGGGAGAGGCGGAGCGGCCGGUGGAGGGGGCGGCUGGACGUCGCAGGCCCUCUCCGCGGAGGGCGGCCGGAGCUGUGCAGAGGCCUAGGCUACACUUGGCUGGGCCGCGGCUGGUGGCUUUGGAGGCGGCGGAGGGGCCUGCAGUGCUGGUGGAGGCGGCGGCGGCUACCGGGGUAGGUGCACCCUUGGGGAGGGCAUCCGGACUGACAACCUCUGGGCUGAUGGGGAAGAUGGGGUAUCCUUCAUAUACCCCAGCAGUGAACUCUACCUGCAACCUCUGGCUGUCAGUCACAGCCAUGGAGAGGUAGAGAUCUGAAGGUAUUUCAACUCUAGUCAUUGCCCUUUGAGAGAGUGCCAGUGGCAGGCUGAGCUCCAGUUGGCUGAAUGCCUGUGGCCUGAGGGCAUGGAGCUAGCUGUGGAUAACAUCACCUGCAUGGACCUGCCCACCUCCCCAGGCCCUCUGGUUCUAAUGGUGGCUGUGGUGGUGACCUCGGCACUGAACCUCCUUAUGGUGUGUGGAGUCCUGAUUCUGACAAACCAGAAGUGGCAGUGUCUGUGGGGAAUGAAGCAGCCAGGCCCUGAGCUUGAGCUAAGCAAGCGUUGAACCUUUGCCAUCAGGACAGCUGCCAACACCCAUUAAUGCAAGGUGGGGUUGCUAGCUCAGUCCUGGCCUCUGCCCCCAGGGCUCACGGAGGUUUCCCCAGCUAAUGUCACUUUGCUGAGAGCUCUGGGCCACGGUGCCUUUGGGGAGGUGUAUGAGGGACUGGUAAUUGGCCUUCCUGGGGAUUCCAGACCACUACAGGUAGUUAUUAAGGUGAGAGGGAGUGAACUGCCAGAACUCUGUUCUCCUCAAGACGAGCUGGACUUCCUCAUAGAGGCACUCAUCAUCAGCAAGUUUAGCCAUAAGAACAUCAUGCAGUGUGUGGGGCUCAGCCUCCAGGCUGCCUCCCGCUUCAUUCUGCUGGAGUUGAUGUCUGGAGGGGACAUGAAGAGUUUCCUGAGACAUAGUCGGUCACACCUGGACCAGCCAUCAGCUCUAGUCAUGCAGGACCUGCUGGAACUGACCCAGGACAUAGCCCAGGGCUACCACUACCUGGAGGAAAAUCACUUCAUCCACAGGGACAUUGCUGCCCGGAAUUGCCUGCUGAGCUGCACUGGGCCCAGCCGAGUGGCCAAGACUGGGGACUUUGGAAUGGCAAGAGCUAUCUACCAGGCCAGUUAUUACCACAAGGGGAACGGGGCCUUGCUCCUGGUCAAGUGGAUGCCCUCAGAAGCCUUCCUGGAGGGCAUCUUCACAUCUAAGACAGACCCCUGGUCUUUUGGGGUGCUGCUCUGGGAGAUCUUCUCACUGGGCUACAUGCCCUACCCUGGGCGCACCAACCAGGAGGUGCUAGACUUCAUUGUUUCAGGGAGCUAGAUGGAUCCUCCUAGGAGAUGUCCAGGGCCAGUGUACCGCAUCAUGACCUAGUGUUGGCAGCACCAGCCUGAACCCUGCCCCAGCUUUGCCAGCAUUUUGGAGCAUCUACAAUACUGCCCUCAGGACCCCAAUGUGCUGAAUUCACCCCUGUCAGUGGAGCUGGGGCCCAUCCUGGAGGAGGACAGGCCUUUUGGGCUGGGGAACAGAUUUUUGGAGGGCCUCAAAUCCCCACAGGAGCUGAGUACAGAGGGCACAAAAAGCUGGGGAGGGAGCCUUCUUGGGCCCUGGCUGUCCUCUGGCCUCAAGCCCCUCAAACCCAAGGGCCUUCAACCUCAGAACCUUUGGAAUCCCACCUAUGGCUCCUGGGCCCCAGGAGACUCUGAGAGUGAGGAGGACUCAGGCAUUGAUAGUAGGGAUGGCUCCUUUCUCUAUUCCUUAUCAGGCUUCUAAGUAGCUUGUUAUUUUUUUUCUGUUUUGGCCAGGGCUGGGUUUGAACCUGCCACCUCCUGCAUGUGGGGCCGGCGCACUACUCCUUUGAGCCACAGGUACCACCCCUAAGUGGCUUGUUAUUCCAGUAGCCUCUGUCCCCACUGCAGUCUGCAUGUCUGGACCCGUCUCAGGGCUGGCUUGGCAGCACUAGACUUUCCAUGCUGGAAACCAACUCCAGGCCUCCUGGUGAAGGGCCAGACCAUUUCUAGCCUUUGAUCUUUGGGACUAGAACCCCUCCCAUUCCCAUCCCCAGGCAUCCCUAGGGAGUCCUGGCCCUCUGUGAACAUCCUUCAUCUGAACAGUCCCCAACUUUGCAGAUGCUUCCAAUAAAAAGCUCUUCUCACAUCCUCCAAUGAU